AUGGAGGCAGCAGUCUGGGAUGAGGAGCCGGCGGUGGUGCUUGACAAUGGGAGCGGCAACAUGAAGUGCGGCUUUGCUGGGGAGGAGAUCCCGCGCUGCGUCUUCCCGAGCCUCAUUGGAGUCCCCACGAGGGGCAGGAGCGAGAAACAGCGCGUGUACGUGGGAGACGAGGCCUUGCAGGAGAAGGGGCUGCGUUACUUUUACCCAAUGGAACACGGCAUCGUCUCCGACUGGGAUCAGAUGCAGCGCGUCUGGUGGCACGCGUAUGAGCAGCUGCUUGUGCCGCCGGAGCGGCAGGCAGUGCUGCUGACGGAGGCGCCGCUGAACCCAAUUGGCAACCGGGAAAAGAUGGCGGAGGUGCUCUUCGAGUCCUUUGGCGUGCCGGCGCUUCAUGUGCAAAUUCAGGCGGUGCUCACGCUCUACUCCGCGGGCCGCACCGACGGACUCGUCCUGGACAGCGGCGACGGCGUAACGCAUCUCGUGCCCGUAUUUGAAGGACAGACGAUGCCGCAAUCGGUGCGCCGGCUGGAACUCGCUGGCCGUGACCUGACGGAGUGGAUGAUGGAGCUGCUCAGCGACGAGCUUGGCCGCCCCUUCACGACCUCCGCCGACCGCGAGGUGGCACGGCGAGUGAAGGAGCGUCUCUGCUACAUAUCCUUCUCCUUUGACGAGGAGCUGCGGGCGGCGGAAGAAGAGGGCGAGAGCAAAGGCGAACCCUUCACACUGCCAGAUGGUGAGCUGAUUCACGUUGGCCGAGCGCGGUUCUGCUGCCCUGAGAUUCUCUUCAACCCGACACUGGCAGAGAAGCCGUAUGAUGGCAUUCCAUGCGCCGUCAUGAAUUGUGUCCACUCCUGCCCCAUCGAUCUGCGCCGCCGGCUGCUUGGCAGUGUCGUUUUGUCCGGCGGCAACACGAUGUUUAAGGGGAUGCGGCAGCGCCUGCAGUCAGAGCUGGCAGAACUGGCAAACAAGCGUGUGGCGGAGGACAUCCGUGUGGUGGCGGCGAAUGAGCGAAAGUUUAGUGUGUGGAUCGGCGCCGCAAUUCUCGCCAGCUUGACCUCCUUCGCCUCGGAGUGGGUCACGAGGGCGGAGUACGACGAGCACGGGGCCGCCGUUCUCCAUAAGCGGUGCGACUCCCUCACCUUCGUGUCCAAGUAG